AUGGACAAGAAGAGCUCUGCCUUCACUAUCGACCGCAUUCUGAGCGCAAACGACAACAAGAUCCUGGGCUUGGAGAAGCCCCUCGCCCCCGGGCCCUCAUGCGAGGAGAAACCGGCCCCUGAAUCGAUGAAUCAGACGGACCUCAGGUCGACCUGCUGCUACUGUUCACACUCGCGGAGAGAUUCUGCACUGGCGGCUGCCACGGAUGUUUGCAGAAGCUCACGGCAGGGAAAGCUUCUAGGUCAUGUUCAGAGGAGGGUUCGGGCGCCACCCCCCACUAUCUUCACAGAAGAGCAGCUGGACGCUCUGGAGGAUCUGUUCAGACAGAACCAGUAUCCAGACAUCCACACCACAGCAGCUGGCCCAGAGAACACACCCACGCUUGAGGAGAGAGCUCCAGGCCUGAGGACUCCAGAGACAUCCGCGAUCGAUGAGGGAGGUCAAAAUCGCCGCGGAACAUCGCUUCUGGAGAGGUUCCAGUACAGCUUAACCGCGACCAGAAAGCUGGAUUUCCCUUCUUCAUUGACAAAUUCUGAGAGAGUUUUUACAUUUCAGUACUCGCCUCAGUCCCUGGGUUACGCUUCUAAAAGCAGAGGGAAAGGCUCCAGUCGAUGUCUUACGGUGAGGAAGAAGGACGGGACGGAGGCGUUCUCGCCCAUCAUGACCUUUAACCUCUCUCACACCAAACACAUGGUGCAGAGCCUCCUGCAGAGGUUCCCCAUCACUCAAACAAAGAGCGCGAGUUCUCAGAAGCGCAGGCCGCGCCUGAACUGGACUGCUUCCGAGAGCGCCACCUCGCAAACGAAAGGCCAGGAGGAGAUCAUCCAGACCAUCAGGGAGAACCAGGUGGUGCUGGUUUUGGGUGAGAGACCGCUCUGGCAAACCACACAGGUGAGGCCCGGUUUCUGCUGGAUCGACUGCUGUCGGAGCCGGAUUCCCUGCCGGAUCUUCUGCACUCAGCCCAGGAGGCUGGCUUACCAUCGCCAUGGCGUGAGCGUGGCGCAAGCGAGAGCCGGGCAGCGAAGAUCGGACAGACCGCCGGGCUAUCAGAUCCGCCUGGAGAGCAAAGUUUCUCCUAAACCGCUGACGCUCUGCACGAAAAGUGGAGUUCUGCUGCGGACGCUGAUAAACCGGAGAUCUGCCCUGUCCACCGCCAACGAUGUCAUCGCGGACGAGGUGCACGAGCGAGACGGCCUGACCGACUUCUUACUCACGGUGAAGAUGAAGGAGCUGGUCCAGAAGACGCCGGCCGCUGAAGCUCAUCCUAACCAGCGCCAUUUGGACGCCAACCCAUUUGUCAGAUACUUCGAGCUCGUCCCAUUAUCUGCCACCGAGGCUCCGAGGGGAGAAGACGCGACGCCAGUGGGUCCCGCAGUGAGAAUCAAUCUGCUUGACGACGCAGGCGGCGACAGUGUCUUCAGUCAGAUGCGUAGAAGGACGUACACACUGGAGCCCUGGCUGCUCAGAGAAAUGGACGCCUGCAUCUCCAACAUCUUCCUGUCCAAGACGCCGAUGCCUCUCAGGCAGCUCUUCAAUCUGAUCCUGAACGAGAACAUCAGCGUGGAUUACAGACACAGCUUUUAGACGAAAGUGUCAUCACUGCUGAUGGUGUCCGCUGGACGAGGUUCUUUCAGUCAGAUGGAGCAGCUCCUCAGUAUGGGUGCUAACGCCAACAUCAAAGCCUCCAACGGCUGAUCUGCCUUGGACUGGGCCAGACACUUCAAUCAAACUGAGGUUGUAGAUCUGCUGGAGUCUCACAUGCUGACCUGGAAUCUCAUCCUGCACCUGCUCUUUCACCAUCUACCAGAGCUUCCACAGAAAACAGGUAUUAAUCCGGUUCAUAUAUUUUACUUCUCAGGCGCAGUGUUGAUAUUCCUGCCGGGCUACGAUGAGAUUGUGUCUCUGAGAGACCGCAUCCUCUUUGAUGAUAAAAGGUUUACAGAUCACCAGCAAAGGUUUCAGGUGUUCAUACUACACUCUAGUAUGCAGACGUCAGACCAGAAGAAGGUUUUGAAGAACACGCCGAAAGGUGUUCGCAAAAUAAUCCUCUCGACCAACAUCGCAGAGACCAGUAUUACCGUCAACGAUGUUGUUUUUGUCAUCGACUCCGGCAAAGUUAAAGAGAAAGCCUAUGACGCUCUGAGUAACGUGACCAUGCUGAAGAUGGUGUGGAUAUCGAAGGCCAGCGCUCUGCAGAGGAAGGGCAGAGCGGGCCGCUGCAGACCGGGCAUCUGUUUCCAUCUCUUCAGCCGUCUGAGGUUCAACAACAUGCUGGAGCAUCAGGUUCCUCAGCUGCUGCGCAUGCCGCUACAGGAGCUGUGGCUUAUGGAGAAUCAAGUAAAGCUGAGCUGCUUCAGUCCAGUAAUGUCUGACUCCUCCUCGCAGACCAUCGACGCCAUGGACCCCUGGGAGAACCUGACGGAGCUGGGCUAUCACCUCGCUGACCUGCCCGUGGAGCCACAUUUAGGGAAGAUGGUUCUGUGUGCGGUGGUGCUGAAGUGUUUGGACCCCAUCCUCACCAUCGCCUGCACACUCGCUCACAGAGACCCCUUCGUUCUUCCCGCUCAAGCCGCUCAGAAGCGCGCCGCCAUGCUGUGCAGGAAACGCUUCACCGCCAACACCUUCAGCGACCACAUGGCUCUGCUCCGCGCCUUUCAGGCCUGGCAGAAGGCUCGCAGUGAUGGCUGGGAAAGAGCCUUCUGCGAGAAGAACUUCCUCUCUCAGGCCACCAUGGAGAUCAUCGUCGGGAUGCGAACGCAGCUUUUGGGACAGCUUCGAGCUACAGGGUUUUCCGAGCUGGCGGCGGGUGACAUCCGCGAUGUCAAUCAGAACUCGGAGAACUGGGCCUGCAGGAAGCGCCGGGUCGCUGGCAUGUAUCCCAACCCGAUCCACGUGGAGCGGGACAGCCUGAGCCUCAUGGGCUCCAGAGAGAAGAGAGUCAGCUUCCACCCCACAUCUCUCGGCUUCCAGUCCACCCAGUACAAGAAGUUAUCCCAAUCCCUCCAGCCAAUGGCUAGUUCAGGCGGCAGCCCGUGGACUCCCUGCCCCACUGAUUGGCUGAUUUAUGAUGAGAUGAACGCGCACCAGGAUGCCAGUGUCCGGUGUGCUGCUCUGUCGUCACGACCCCUCACCGUCGCCAUCUUCGCAGGAAGUGCCAAACUGCCCAGCUCCGCCCUGCAGGAGCCCGCCAUCCACAGAGGAGCUGAUGGUGAGAAUGACAGCAGUGAUAGUGAGGUGGAGGAUCGCUCCAGCUCUCGUCUGGCUCACAUCAGCAUAGAUGACUGGCUCCACUUCAAACUCCACCGAGAGGACGAGGCACCACCAUCCGCUCUCGCUGGUGGCGGUUCUGUUGGCCGAGGAAGCACCGGCGCACUCGCCUCCCGCACCCCACUCAGGCAUCGUUCCCAAGACCUCGACCUAGGACUCUUCCGACGAUCCCCCGCAUACGCCAGCCAAUCGUUCCGUGGAGCCGCAGCGGUAGAAGGAGCCGACAGCAGCCCAGACAGGGCCUCGGCUGGCGCCUCAGCUGAAGAACCACAGAGCGCUUCACAGCAAACACCUGGGAGACGAGAGCGGCCCGGUGAAGAGCACCGAGGGGCCCUCGUCCCCAGUCCCUCAGGAACAACUCAGGUUGUGUUCUCCUCUGAUGGCGUCAGUCGUGUGUUUGAGCAGGCUACAGCGCCCGAAGUCUGUGCUUGUAGCAGGGGUUACGCGCAGCGCCAUGGUGUCGGCGGUCCAGCGGCGAGCGCUGUCGUGGACUGGGGUUUCGGGCCCGGUCUGGCAUGGUGUGUUCUCGGGUGGAAUGGAUCCGUAAGGAGAGCCUGGGGUUCCAGCUCACGUCAGCAGCUGCUCAACUCCCUGGAACGACAACAAGAGCCCCAGGAUCAGCCGAGACGCUCAGGAACUGGAGCCGCAGACAGGAAGUCGUUACUGCAGCUCUGGGAGCGAAUCUGA